AUGGCGUUGACGGCUCAGCCUCCUGGUCCCCCGACCUGGGACCGCUGGCAUCAACCACAUGGCAAUCCAGACUAUGUUAUGAUGGACGCGAGCAUGAUGCACUACGACUCUCGCUCCAUCACUUCUAACUCUGCUCCUCACCGCGCACCGAUGACACACUCGUUCAUGGGCAACUCCUACAACGUUGCUCCGAUUCCAAGCGCUGCGCCGCCCCACUACCCACCUCCGAAUCCCUUCGCGUUUAACGGGUACAACCCGCCGACAGCAACCGUCCGGGACUCUUACAAGCAGCCUCCUCGCCCACAGUACCAGGAGCGACCGCCAAUGCUUGUUAUGCCACCUAUGCCGGACCGGAACCGGAUCCUAGCCCCGCCAAGGGAGAUGCGCUCGCCUUACGAAGAACACAGUCAGAGUCCCUCGGUAAAAAGCGACGGUCAACCCAAGACAUUGACGGUUCCGGACGGCGAGCUUCCCAAGGUCCCCCGCACCAUCACGUCCAACGUCACGGUGAACCCGGAAGACGAGGUGUCUUUCUCAACUGACGUCGAUACUUUGAUGCGUGCUAUCCAGGCUAAGCGAGAAACGGACACCAUCGUCAAGGUUGCCGAAGACAAGAUUAGAGCAGAAACCACAGACCACCUAUCGCCGGAGGUAGGCUACUCGACCCUUUCGACACAGUUUCAACAGGAACACGACUUAACGCCAGAUGACGAACAGGCUGGGUCCCCGGACAGCACUGGAUCCGGUGGAUCGAAAUCCAAGUCGAGGGCCAACUGCAAGCGGUAUACCUGCGACUUCCCGGACUGCAACAAGAGCUUCUGCCAGAAGACUCACCUGGACAUUCACCGGAGAGCCCACACCGGAGACAAGCCCUAUUCCCACCAGAACCGAUUCCACGCCGAAGCCUUGAAGGCAUUAACGCAGAAGUUUGCAACACUUGCCAAUGCCACCAACGUCUCAGAGGCUGACCGAGAGCUCUGGGAAUAUUUUGCUACAACGUACAAGAAUAGCAACAAAGGCAUCAAGGGACGAGGCAAGGAGCGACGAACUGGAGUGUCCCAAUCGCCCAAGAGCGCAGUGAUGCCGCAAUUCCCUGUCUGCUCUCCAACGGCACCGACCAUGCACCACCGAGGAUCAUACUCUGCCGCUUCGCAGCACGUCACGCAGCAACCGAUGCUGAGCCCGCCUCACGGUCUGGGCAACGCAACCAUGGACCGGACCGAUGGUCCUGGGAUGCUCGGUACUCAUCUUGGGAACGACAUGGGUAGUCACACGACUGUGGGCCCGCCUAAUCCCUCAGCCAGCAUCUACGAUGAGGCACCUCAUCACGCCCAGUCGUUCCAUGAUCGGGGCUACUAG